AUGCCUCCGAGUCAGAUCCAGUACAGCGAGCGCUACUACGACGAUGUGAGCAGGCACGUGGUCUUGCCCUCAGACAUCGCUGCACAGCUGCCAAAGGGGAAGCUGCUGACCGAGACGGAAUGGAGGGCCCUAGGCGUCCAGCAAUCUCGAGGAUGGGUCCACUAUGCGAUCCACAAGCCAGAGCCCCACAUAAUGCUGUUCCGCCGCCCCAAGGGCUACGGCACGGAGGCAGCCCUCCCAGCCGCGGCCACCGCCAUCCCCGCUCAGUAG